AUGUUAUCUCCUUUUGGUUUAAAUGUUUUAUCUCAAUCUCAUUUUCAAUUACCAUUGAAUCAUACAACAACCAACAACCACGAUCAUCAACAAAUGGAAAUCAUUUCCAUUCAUUCAUCCAUGUCACACAUUCCAUUAAACUCUAGUGAUGUUUUGUUUCAUUGUCAAUCACCAAAUCAUUCACCAACCACCAACAAUCUUAAUUUAGAUCAGGAGGUGUCUGUUCAAUUGAACAGCAGCAGUACAAUCUUAGUUUCAUUUUUCAACCAAUCGAUUCCCAUAGAUAUUAAUAAUAAUAAUAAUAUUUCAUUCUUCAAUGACCAUCAAUCAUUGAUUCCAUGUUUUAAAUCUAGUGAUAUUUUAACUCAUUCAACAACCAACAACCACAUUUUUUUAGAGGAGGAGGAGGAGUUUGUUCAAUUGAACAACAGUAGCAGUAGCAGCACACAUUCAUUAACAUGCUUAGACAAUGUUAAUCAUCAAUCAAUUUCAAUUAUUAAUCAACCAAAUAAUAACUAUUUUUCAUUAAUUCAUUCAUCAUCAUUGAUUUCACCUAAUCAUUUCAUCUCAUCAUCAUCAACAUUAUAUUUAUUAUCAAAGACAAUUAAUCCAACAAGAUCAAAGACAAGCCCAUUUUCAACAUACUCCAGCAACAUCUCAAGAAUAGAAAACAACAACAACGCGGUAACAAGCUCUAUCAAUUUAAAGCAUUUUACUGAUGCCUCUUCUUUUAUUUUUAUAGAUACCAAAGUUGCCAACAAUUAUUUCGAUACUCUCAACUGUUUCGGAACCAACCAUUCAAAUCAUACAACAAUACAACAACAACAACCAUCAUCAUCACCAAUCAAUCAUCAUACAAUCCUCACCACAAUCCACGUUCACAAUUCGACUCACAACAAUCAAUAUUCACAAAUCACUCCAUCUUCAAAUAAUAAUAAUAAUAAUACCAUGAAUCAGCCUCACUUAUUCACUCAUUAA